AUUUUAUUUUAUUUUAUUUUAUUUUAUUUUAUUUAUCGAGGUGGUGAACAUCAUCUCACGACAUAUAAAUGAGCAGAUUUUUUUCUUUUUUUUCUUUUUUUUUUUUCCAUCUAAAGAGUUAACGGUGAUUUUGAUGUGUUUUUUAUUCCCCUUCUACCCAGGCAGUGAUUAGAUUGUCCAGUAGGUGGCUGGCAUUCUCCGGCGCUUGCCGGCGGCUCUCCCGGUAUUAGCGCAAUCAUUUAAGCAAGCCUGCUCUCAUGAUGGGAAGCAGGGGAAGAAUUGACGUCCAGAAGAUCCUGCCUAUAGGAUCCGAGCCGUCAGCGGAGCCCUGCUUUUUCCUCACUUUAAAUCCAGCUGGUGAGUGCAGGUGCUGAAAUCUGGGAGAGAUUGGCAAUGCAGCGUGACAGCAACUACCAAAAGUUCUUGCUUUUUGUAAUUCCCUUGGUUUGGACUCAGUUCUGCUCAGCAGACCUGCAGCUGGGAAUUUAACAAGCCUCGAUUUUGAAAAUGCCUCCCACUUACUGGUCCUUGAAUUUGAAAAAUGGCCUUCCAGAGCUCAGGAAUACCUAACAGCAAGACAAGUCGAUGAGGAAAAGGCAAGUUUCAGGAUUCAAACUAUGCUAAAAGAUGUCCUACUUUCACCUUAUGGAAACAGUACUGUUAAGCAAGGUGCAGUUGCUUUUUGGCUUGUUUAUUUUCAAGAUGUGUCAGAAAGUGAUAUGACUUUUAAACUCUUCUGAGUGUUUAAAGCCAGCAAGCAGCAGUAAAAAUAAAGCAAGAAAUAUUACUCGAGGAUUUUCACAGAAGAAAGUUGUCUUCUGAGAAGAGCAAAGUGGGACAAUGGCAUCUGGAGAGUGCCUUCUGCUAGACCUAGAAACAGAAAACUUAAUUCUCUACAACGUCUCUGUCAACCAGAGCGCAAACCUCUCCCUCCUCGGUGACGACUGGUUCUACCCAGCGUUCCUCUAUGCCAUCCCCACCAUCUACGGGAUCAUCAUUUUGAUAGGCCUUAUUGGCAAUAUCACUUUGAUUAAGAUCUUCUGUACUGUGAAAUCCAUGAGAAAUGUCCCUAAUCUGUUCAUCUCCAGUUUGGCUCUGGGAGACCUGCUGCUUUUAGUGACUUGCGUGCCCGUGGAUGCCAGCAGGUACCUUGCUGAUGAGUGGCUGUUCGGCAGAACUGGAUGCAAACUUAUCCCCUUCAUACAGCUCACUUCUGUAGGGGUGUCAGUCUUUACUCUCACUGCUCUCUCAGCUGACAGGUAUAAAGCUAUAGUAAGGCCAAUGGAGAUCCAAGCAUCCCAUGCACUGAUGAAGAUUUGCGUGAGAGCUGCUAUAAUCUGGAUUGUAUCCAUGUUGCUUGCCAUCCCUGAAGCAGUGUUUUCAGAUCUGCACCCUUUCCAUGACAAAGGGACUAAUAAAACCUUCAUCAGCUGUGCUCCUUACCCACAUUCUGAUGGGCUGCAUCCCAAAAUUCACUCAAUGGCAUCAUUUCUGAUCUUUUAUAUCAUUCCCCUAUCUGUCAUUUCAGUAUAUUAUUAUUUCAUUGCUAAGAAUUUGAUCCGGAGCGCAUACAACAUCCCUGUGGAAGGAAAUGUGCAUGUGAGAAAACAGAUUGAAUCCCGUAAGCGCCUAGCCAGGACAGUACUGGUCUUCGUGUGCCUCUUUGCCUUCUGCUGGCUUCCCACCCACAUCAUCUAUUUAUACCGGUCCUACCACUACUCAGAGGUGGACACAUCAGUGCUGCAUUUCAUUGCCAGCAUCUGCGCUCGGAUCUUGGCAUUUACUAACUCUUGUGUCAACCCGUUUGCUCUCUACUUGCUCAGCAAGAGCUUUCGGAAACAAUUCAACAACCAGCUGUUCUGCUGCAGAGCUCGCCUCCUCAUCCGGUCCCAGAGCAUGGCCAGGAGCACCACACGAAUGACCUCCCUCAAAAGCACCAACCAUUCCCUGGCCACCUUCAGCCUUAUCAAUGGCAACCACGUCUGCCAUGAAGGCUAUGUCUAAAGGGCACAGUCAGGGACUGCCGCAUCACGUAACUAGUGCGGCUGCUUGGUUUUCCUCCAUGGGGGUGGUGAGUAGUGCACGCACGCACACAUGCAUGCACACAUGUGUGCAAGGAAGUCUGAUGUGCUCGGAGAACUCAGAGGAGCUUGAAGCAUCCAACAUUUCAUCCUGGGCUGAGGCAUGUUCAGAGCAGCAGAUCAUUGAGCACCAGCCCACAGGACAUCCUUGGGAAGCACUGCAUUGCUUCAAGAUCUGCUGCUUUCACUGGGAGCAAAGUGAGCACUUAAGAUCAAAUCUAGUUUGGCUCUGCAGGCUCUUCAUCACUUUUUGCGCAAUCCCAAACCCAGGCAGACUUACAGCAGUAACAAAGACCAUACCAGGUGCACAAAAUUUGUCAGAACAGUUGCAUCCAGCAGUUCACAGUAUAAUGUAUUUUGACACCAAAAUAAAUCCAUUUAAAUAAGGUAGAUACUUUCACAAACGAGUUCAGUGUAGGCCAUUUACAGACUUUUCAAGUAUUUAUUAAUGUUCUGAGUAAGUACAGUAUUAAGUCAUGGUAUAAAAGAUAUCAAGAGUUUACUGGGGCAUGUCAGUGGCCCCAUCUGAAAUGAGCAGUAUCUUGCACCACAUCAAUGUGAAAGCAGUAACAUGAAUAAAUGUGAGUUGGAAUAUGUUUACACUUUUCAAAUGUGUGAGCUUUUGCCAUGUUGUGAAGGAGACAGCAGGACAUUUUCCAAGUGUUAUUAUUUUGUUCUUCCUGUCUUCAAGAUGUGAGAUAGUGAAUGUUUCACCACCUAAGGGGUACCACAAAAUUUUAGUCAGGUUUGGCUAAAGGCAGACAAUUAACAGAAAACAAAGCAGAGCUAUUUUUCAUGUAGCAAUUCUUUGUAAAACACCCUAGUUGUUCAGUAAAACCAUCAGCAAUGCAAGGUCUGAUCUCCAGCCCACAGGUUUUUUCCUUCUAUCUUCACAGAAAUCUGUGGAGACAGAGUACCAAAACUGGCUCACAGGUUGGAGAAUCAGGUCUUUUGUAACGUUCAGUCCAGAGCAGUUCCUGUGCCAGGUACUAGCUAAUCUGGAAACAGGAGCACAGUGCCCUGCAGAUAACAAAAUCUUGAAGUGUGUGAGCUAUAGGACAGGCAAUGAAGCCGCACACCUGAUGAAGAAAGCUGCUGCAAAAUGGGGCCAUAAACCAAUCACUGUAGUAGAAUAUCGAGUUUUUAAUAGCCCUCAUCCUGUUUGAUGAUGAUCCCUUUCCUUACCACGGCAAAAGAAAAAUGAAAGGUAGUAAAACCCUGUUGGUCUUGCUCUGUGAAUACAGAAGUCAUGUGUGCAGUGUAAAAACCCUCAGCCCUGCAUCUGUGGCCGCCCAGGGAUACUAGUGGGAGCUGCUGAUUCCAGGGACUGCAAAAAGGCUGUGAUGCCAAAGGCCGAGCUCUGAAAAAUUUAAAUGAUUUCGCCUUUGAGAGCAGUGCCCUCUGGGUGAUGUUCGACAUACAGGUGCGAGAGCUCAGGAUGUGGCCACACCACUGUACUGAUGUGCUACUAAGCGCAGUCCUAACCUGUCCACCCACAAUCCCUGGGCAUCAUCACCUGUGUCAUCCCCUCCUGCAGGCAUGAGUGCCCCCACACCCCAAUCACUUGAAAACUAAUAUAAUGGGGUUAUUUUACAGCUGAGUCAAUUCCCUUGCUUAGCUGACUAUGUAGCUAUGGCAUUAAUUUCAAUUUACUGGGCUAUCUCAGUCCUCAUUUAUUAAAAUUUUCAGCAGUAUGGCACUUGCCCUGAUUUUUAACGUGAAGCCACAUACAGUACCAUAAUCCCAGUCUGUGACCAUUUCAAAGAGCUUUGUUGAGUUUUGACCUGUUUGUGACAUUCCAUAAUUAGAAAAAUUUAUCUGGCCUGAGAUAUUUACUAAAUAUUUUCUUCAGCUUUGUAAGAAUUUAAUUGAAGACAAGCAGGAAUUACAUACUUCAACAGUAGCCACACCACCUGUGCUACAUGAUGUGCCCUCCUGUUCGGUAACAAACAGCAAAUUACUGUUGUUCUACAUGAGUCUCCGACAGUUUCUGAUUUUUUGUUUCUGAGGGAAAGGGGAAAACACAGCUAUGAUGUGAGAAAAUAAAAAAUAGAAGGAAGAGCAUUGCUAUAGCUCCCUGAGGGCUAAGCUGAAUACAGACCCUGCCUCCUUGAGGAAGGUGCUGUUUUGAACAUAGGAGAGUUAUGAAGAUACAGCACCGUGGAAUUAAAUAAGUGCUAUUGAUUUUACCCUUUUCUUCCUAACAGAGCUAGCAACUCUUCUGAGGACAGGAAAGAUGGGUUUGGCUCUGAUCUGGAAAGUGCCUUGCACAAAUGCAGCUGUAGGUGACCGCAUGUGUCACAGCCUUACCAUUGCUUAAUUUUCUAGUAUUCCUUUUCUCUUUGUAUUAAGAGCUGAUAGGCAAAAAAAUAAGGGGAGUUCCGUGCAAAAUGUAAUCCUGUCGUCAGAACCUAAGAUACCCUCAACUUCUCCUAAUUUCUAACAACUUAGACCAAGCCUUUUCAGAUGAGAUGUAAAUUUUCAUUAACAUUCUUCAUUUUAUUCGGAUCCCUGACUCCCCAUUUAAUAUCCUUAAGACAAUUAGGCGGUUCUGUGAAAAAAAAAACAUCCAUUGAAAAAAUUGAUUCCUUUGAUUCCUUGUAAAAAGUAUUUUGGAAUGUAUUUCACAAACUUGCACUCAUUUUUUAAUACCAUAGGAAGAGCAAAUCUGAAGUUGGAAUUGUGUCUAUUUCAUCCUCGUAUUAAAUAACGAAAAAAAUCAGUGCAGUGGCUGAGGUCAGGGAAGGAAGAUUUAGGAAAGUUUUCUGAAAUAUCCCACCAUGUAAUUGCAAUAUAUGUAGCUGUAACUGGUUUUUUGUUUCUCGCUCCUUGUCUCAUUACCUUGGUUUCAAAAACACAAUGUACUUUACACUGCUGCAGCAGUCUAAUCCCUUAUCUAGAGCUAUCUCUAUGUUUGCUGGCACACCCGCAGCACCAAUUCUUUCAACCCAGAGCAUUGUUUGCAGCGUUUCAUGUGUUUGAUAAAUUUUCAAAGUGCCCAAGAUAAAACCCCUGCUCUGGCAGGUGGCUCCAGAGCUGCGCGCUCGGGUACUGCCCGCUCCUGGAAAGCUUUUUGGUCCUCAAUGGGGAGAGCCCCUGGCUGUGACCCUGGGGUGAGUCUGCACCCCGGUUCUCGGCUCAGGUCUCUCCACCAGCACUGGGAGUGUUGCGGUGGCAUCUCAGACCACAUUGUUUGGGAAACUUCAUGUUUCAGGGCUAUGAAAGACAGUGUCCCUGAAACGCCUGGCUCCUGGGAGGCGAGGAAUUUUCCAGUUGUGGUCCACACAGACCUCCCCCAAAACUGGAAACUUGUGAAAUUCACCUUGAACUAGAUGGCCUUUUGGGUUCAGCCUGCUCUGUCCUGUCUGACACGUGGCGGUUGUGUCAUGGUCAACCAGCUGCAGGGUGUGGGUGGGGGAAAAUGGUCUCUGAGUCAGGAUGCUGCACAUUACACACCCGGGGAGUAUUAUUAUUUACUACAGUGCAGCUAUGCUUUUGUCCCGGCUCAGAAGUACUACAGAUCAGAGGGUUUUUUAAAAAUAUGUAGCUGCUGUUAGAUGAGUUGGUGUGAAAUAUGAAACUAAUAUUUAACAGGGACAUAUUGAGUUACAUCAUGUUUUCUCAGGAGAAAUUAAAUAAGACGAAACAUUGUUCUUCAUCAGGAAUUUGAAUUUUCUGAGAUUCAUCAAUUCCCUUUGCUCCCGUUGAAUGUGGUGGGAGAGGAAGAUGCUGAGUAUAUCACAGCUCUCAGCUGUUCUUGCUUUAGUUUAGGAUUAUUUGGUCCAGUUUGGCUCUCAAAUGAUUUCAUAUAAGGUUGGAAAAUUGCUGCAAAGAAUCAAAAACUAUAGAAACUUUCUAAUAUUGACACCAGGUAAAGGAUUCAACGGUCUUCAGCUCUGCCUACAAGGGGUAUUUUUGUUGCAGUGUUUCCAAAUAUUGCCUUUUAGGAAAUGCUUAAAUAUGAAAAAUCAAAGACGUGAUUCUGCUGCAUAACAACAAUACUUGUAAGCAAGAAAAAAUGUCAUAUAGUGGAAAGGAAGGGUUGUAUUGUUGAACACAAAUAUUUGUUUAUUGAAAUAUCUGUUGAACACAAAUAUUUGUUUUAUUGAAAAGAAACCACCAAAUAAUAUAUAAGGUAAUGAAUUUUUCUUUGUUUUAAACAAACAAAAACAUAAUUCAAAGAGCCUCUAUUUACCUAACAGUAAACCAGGAACUCUGUUAUUGAUAUGGGUAAUCCCGAUUCUCCCAAUUAGCUUGAUUUAUAUGGAAUGAAUGUUAUAGUUAAAAAACAGAAAGAUUGCAGUGUUAUGCAUGGUUUGGCAGAAAUUAUAUACCUUCUUGCUCAUUCUUCUGACAAAAUACAAUUCUUUUUUUACAGCAGAAAACCAUCUGUGUGUGCUCAGUUGGGGAAAAAAGCUGUCUUUCAGCCUUCUUUAAAGUCAAGAAGUUCAGUGCUGCUUAGAUAAGCAGCAAGCAAUCCCCUGAAUGUUAACUGCAUAGCUCAGUGUUAGUGCUAGGCACCACAAUGAUAAUGGGGUAGCUUAUCCUCUCCAUCCUGAGAAAACACAGCAGGUGAUGGGCCUGUAUCAUUCACAAUAACUCAUUAGAGAUUUCUUAUAUUGCCCUUUCCAAGAGGAAGAAGGCAGAAGUUCAAGGAUGCAAGGAAAUAGUUAGAUGACAUUAUUCAAAACUGAAAUAUUUCUGCACCUUUACUGAAGUAUUUGUACCAUCCUUACUCCAUUUUAAUUUUUUUUAAAUGACACCAUCUUUAUACACAAUACUAUCCUUUAAGCCUGAAAAAUGUGCAUUCAAGGAGAUAGCUGAUUUGAGUCUUGUGUAAAUAGAUAUUUAUUUAGGAACAGAAAAGUUGUUGCUGGGCUGUCAAAUGUAUUUUAGCUUGGGUAGCUACAGACACCCCUCACAAGAGAGUUCAGCUGGCCUGCAGCUAGCUGAUCUCCACAGGGUAUAAUGAGCCAGACAAGCUGCUCUUGCUGCAGCACUCCCUUGCACACAGCAUUUCUUGGACGUGGGCUGUACAGCUCACAUGCACAUACUGCAGCCAGACUGCUCCCCCAAAGCCAGCGGCCCUGCACCGGCUGCAUGCCCACACAUCUCUUCUGGGAAAACCACCUUGUCCCUAACCCCUCUCUUCACAAAAGAUAUGGCAGGGUUUUUUUCCAUAUUCAUCCUGCCUGCAGCUGGGGCUGUAAGCAGCUGGAUGAGAAGAGUGCUGGGAUAUGCAGGAGGUGGGCACAGAAUCCUGCAGGACCCCUGGAAGGA